AAUGUGGGUUUGCGUUUUUGGUCUUGGUUUUCCCAGUGGCCAGUCCAUCAGCCACUGCACUGGGGGCCAGGUAGAGGCCAAUUGCACCCUGCCUGCCAGAGUAGAAAUACUGGUAGGCCCCAGGCUCUGCUGCCCCUUCCAUGUCCUUGUGUAAGCAUCCAUGGACAAAGCUGACUCAUGGGGUGUGCACAGCUGCAGGGAGGCCAGGAAACAGGGGUUUUAUUCUAGAGGGCCUUGUGCUCAGUGACAGACCAGAGUCCCAUCACUGAGAGAGCAGGGCUGGGGCAGCACAAAGGACUGGAGAGCAUUUGCCAUGAUGCCAUGUGCACAGCCAGUGCAAGUCCUUCAUUGUAGCUGUGGUCAGAGGUCAUGAGACACUGCCUUCAGCAGCCCUGGGAGUCCACCUGGUGUGUGGUUAGAGCUGUGCAUCUGCAGAUUUCAGAAGGACUUAUGUUUGGUGAGGUGCUUUGAAGUAACACUUCACAAAUACCAAGAAGCAAGAAAUACACAAAUAAGCAGGUAAUGGUUCUUUGGUGUUUACAUUAGCUAGUGGGCAACGGUUCUUUGGUGUUCACAUUAGCUAUAGUCCCAGAACUCAGUCCAUGAGGUGGAAUCACAAAAAUGGAAUUCAUUUCUGGCUGUCAGUACACAAACUGAUUUAAGAUAUCACCUUGAAUUUUAAGCUGACAAACAGUGGUCUAAACUGAAUUUCACUGAUUGCCCCACCUGAAAGUCAGACCUGAUAGAUAAUGCCCUCCCUUAACUCAAGGCCAGCAGCAGAUGUGUUAGAGGGGACCCUUGUGCCUCGCAGCCCUCAUCUCCUAAUGGCUGUGGGGUCACUGUGUCGAGUUGUAAUGCCUAACAAGCUCCUCUAAAAACAUCCUGAAACUUGUGUAAAAAAAACAGCAGACUCUCAGUGGAACUCGCCUUCAGAUGCAGGCCAGAAUAAGAGUUCUAGAAUGUGUGUGCCGUCCUUUUGUCUCAAUCUGCAUGAUUGCAAGUCUCUUCAACAUGAUUGGGUGCGUGGAGUGUCUCGGUCAUGUGUCUUCCCCUCUGAGCAUGCCUUUUGAUUCGCACCUGUGUCACAAUUGUGCCAGCCUGUGAGAUGUGUCUGCCUGUCACCAGUAUCGGCACAUUUAGUUUUCCCUUUACGUGAGUUUUGGUAAAACAGUGACAAAAUGUAAUGCAGUGCUCAGUCACAGAAAAAUGUCAGGCCUACAGAAAUGGAGCAUUUGGCUGGCGGGUAGAGUGAUGACCAUAAGCUUUAUUUGGCUGGUGUGGUAAACAAGCAGCAGCUUGUGCAGGUGAGAAUAAAUGGCCAUAUUGCAUUUCAUUUUAAGGACUCCCUUAAAAUGAAAAUCUUCGUGUGGGAAAUGAACACAGGCUUUCACGAAAUUGAUCAUCUACACUAUAUGUAUGACUGUUGAAAGGCUGUUGUUCCUCAGAAAUUCUUAAAAUGUUAUGUAAUGUACAUGAGUCCCUUCAGGAAGUCAUCAGCUUUGUUCAGUUUCCUCAGAUUAGAUAGUAAAACUGAGAUUAUGAACUAUAAAGAUGUGUGUAAUUUAUCUGUCAGUGAACUUGACUUUAAUAAAAGCUUUUUAAAAAAGAACUCCGGGUGGGGUGCAUUGGCUCACACACAUAGUCCCAACUACUGUGGAGGUCAGGGCAGGAGGAUCACUGGAGCCCAAGAGUUCAAGAUCAGCCUGGGCAGGAUAGCGAGACCCUGUCUAUAGAAAAUAUUAAAAAUCAGCUAGGCAUGGUGGCUUGCCCUUGCAUUCCCUGCCACUUGGGAGGCUGAGGUGGGAGGUUCGCUUGAGCCCAGGAGCUCAAGGCUGCAAUGGGCUGUGAUCGAACCACCGAAUUCCAACCUGGGUGACAGAGUGAGGCCCUGUCUCAAAAAGAGAACUCUCAAUGUCACUGGCUUUCCAUGUAAGCAGAGCACAUCAUGUGAGCCCCAUUCGUGGAUGUCAGUCAGCAGAACAGAAUCUUGGACCUGGAGCUUGUUUGUCCUGUGCUAGAGGUUGGAGGUAUCUCUGUCUUUCUGUUGGUUCCUGUCAGUUCAGGUCACUUAGAGAUUCUGUUACAUACACCAGCUCUGACAGGUUGGGGGAGAUGAUCAACCUUUCGCCUGCGCCUGUUCCCUUCCCUGACUCAUGCCAAAGUAUCCCUGAGAUCUGCAAGGGACCGAGGACAGUACUGGCUGGUGGUCUGGGUACAGGCCACAGAGGCAUCUGGACCCCAUGUGCAUCUGGACCAGUUUGGUUGGAUCCAUUCAUGGACACAAAACGGAUGUGAACUCACAGAGCUACAUUUUCUCCCUGCCCCUGUUCAGGCACAGUGAGGUGUUGGGGAAUGUAGCUGCCAGAGUUGACUGUCCCGUUCUUUGGUGUAAUGCCUGAAGGCCACCUUUACCAUUGGUCUGUGGUCCUCACUGAAGAAAGAAACAUUCUUCCUAAAAGACUUUUUUUCCUCAGAGUUGGAGCCCACAGCGUGGUCAGGAAAGAGAAGUAGCCACUGGUGGCUCCUGGCAUCCUCCUGCUGGGCAGCCCCUUCUCAAAGUGUGAGGGGUCCCCUUGUGUACAAGCAGGAAGGCUCUGAGAAAGUCAGGUUUGCUCCUACCACAGGAUAAUUCCGAUGAACCUGAAAAGCGGGUUUUGGCUUGUGUGCAGGGACUCUGGUGGAAGAAAGGGUGACAGCACCUGGCCUGGGCAUGACACAAGUUAGGACCUGUACCAGGAGGCCCUGGAAUUGAGGGUGGGGGUUGCUAUGGACUCUUUCUCCCUCUUAGGAAACUCUAUUGGGUCUCCAUCUGUCACAGAAGCAGUAAAUGAUGUAGGGGCUGCCAGGUAUAGGGUCCUGUGGGGAUGCUGGAACAUGCCGAGGCAGGACGUGCCAGCCACCCUCUGCCCAUAUGUGCAGCAGGGCCACAGAUGUGCUUGUCGGUAGGAGAGACCAAGCUGUCUGUGUGCCGAUGUCUUGACACCUGAGACUUCAGGUUCACCCCUCCUGGUUCUGCCAUUCCAUUGCAGGGUGGCUUCCCUCCUUUGGGGACUGAACGCUUUGGUCUGUUAAAAAAAAACAAAAAACAAAAAAUCCGGGCGUGGUGGCUCACUCCUGUAAUCCCAGCACUUUGGGAGGCCGAGGUGGGCUGAUCAUCUGAGGUCAGGGGUUCGAGGCCAGCCCUGACCAACAUGGUGAAACCCCGUCUCUACACCAAGCUCAGCUUGGUGGCACGCGCCUGUAGUCCCAGCUACUCGGGAAGCUGAGGCAGGAGAAUCUCGAACCUGGGAGGCAGAGGUUGCAGUGAGCCGAGAUCGCGCCUGGGAGGUUGCAGUGAGCUGAGAUCAAGCCACUGCACUCCAGCCUGGAUGACAGAGUGAGACUCUGUCUCAAAAAAAAAAAGCCACCAAUGGGGAGGGCCUGGGAUUACUGGCAUCACAAACCCCGCUGCCUGCAGGCUGCAUGGUCUCCUGGGCAUGGUUGGCGGCACUGCCCCGGGCAUGAGGAGGUAGCAGGCAUGUGUGGAUCACGGACAGUGCUGGGGUCGAGGGGGUUGGUGACGGUGUGACACCCCUUCUCCUGAGUGGCUGGGUGUUACUGUCAAUUCUCCCAAGUGCCGUGCUUCAGUGGUCGUGGCAGUCUGGUGCUGCCUCUGCCCAACUGGCAGGCGACCCUUAUUCCUGAGUCCCUGCUGACUUGGUGUCCUAGGUUUAUUCCUCCUAGACUUGUUAACUUGUACAGUUAACAAGCCUUUGACACCACACACCCUCGCCUCAGCUUUCCAACCCCCCAGUAAUAACAACAUCAGGACUCCCUGAGUAUCCUCCACCAUAUGUUUUCCUGGAGUAACUCAUAAAAGGCCCUCUUUUCGUUCCAUUUCAUGCUUGGGUUUUUCAUGCGAACCUGUCAUUAGUUUUUCCGCAUUGCCUAGAGUUGCCCAACCCCAUAAUAAGAAUACGUAGGUGGCGUGCCCCAUUCUUGCAGGUGUCCACUUCCUGCUCCAGUCUGAGGGGGUUGGCUAGGCUGCUGCUCUCUCUCCAUGUGGGGUUGGCUAGGCUGCUGCUCUCUCUCCACGUUGCUGUGGGCUCACAUCCUCUCCCUGGUUCCCUGGGGGAGCUUCUUAGGGAGGGAGCAUGUGAGAGGUCUGAGGCCCUGCAGUUUGGGAGUUAUUUUCAUUCUCCCCUAACACUUGUUGGAUACUUUGGCUGGGUAUAGAAUUAAAGGGUUUCGAAAGCAGUAUUUCAGAGUCUUCCAUUCUCUGGGGCAUCAGAGGUGUCAUUUGCCCCUGUGCAUUCUGGAGUCCACCUUGCACCUUUAUUGGGUCUCAUCUAGGUCCUUGGCUUUGCUCUUUGGCCCUUUGAGGCCGAAACCCAGAUUCCUGGGUCCCCACUCUGGAACACAGAAAAAUUUCACCCCGUAAUUUCGUACGUUCUUUCUUUUUAGGGUUUCUGUUGGUUGAUAUCUUAAGUUACUCCUCAUCUUCCUUUUUCAUUCUGUUUGUUUUUGUUCUGCCUUCUGAGCACCUUCAUUUUGAACUUUCCUUUUCAGCUAUUUGUGUAUCUAUCAGGUUUCUCUCCUUGUCCUUUGUUAAAAUAGUCUUCUGUCUUCAGUCUCCUGUCUUGGUUGCCUCCUUGCAGAUUCCUUUUAUAUUUGGGUCUCUUAUGUUGGUGGCCUUUCAAAGGCAGACAGGCCUGUCUCUUGGUGGGGGGUGGGGGUGGGCGGAGCUCCAGUUGCUUGUGUGUGGAUCUGCUGGGGCAUAUAGAACUCUCAGGAAUUAUUCUGGAAUUUCAUGGCUCAAGUGUGUUGUCAUGGCUCAGCGCAGGCCUAAGCCCUGCUGCAGCUGCUCCCCUAGACCAAGCUUGUCCAACCCUUAGGCCGCAUGUGGCCCAGGAUGGCUUUGAACCCGACCCAACACAAAUUUCUAAUAAAACAUUGAGAUUUUGGGGGUUUUUGUUUUGGUUUGGUACACCAGCUGUUGUGUUAGUAUAUUUUGUGUGUGGUCCAAGACAAUUCUUCCAUUGUGGCCCAGGGUAGCCAAGAUUGGACAUUGCUGCCCUAGGCAGUCCCAGCUUCAUCCCUUGGGUCCCAGGCGGUCCAGUUUUCUCUGCCUGGUCAAUCAUCACAUCCAAGGUCUUCCUCCCUUUUCUCUCUGCCCUUCAAGGUGUGUGUGUCAUUUUGGUGUCUUCAUUGGUAGUGGUUGCAGGAGUGGACUGAGAGGGCAGGUAUUCAGUCUCUUCUGUGCUCCAUGGGUGGUGGUCUUCCUCUGGGCUUAGAAAACCUGGCUGUCCCCCAAAAGGGAACACUACAGUGAAGGUCCUUAUAAAUUUCAGAACUCAUUUAAAUUUCAGAAUAGGUGACAUGUUCAAAACCAAGAGCAAAGUGUCCAAAGGACACCGAUCCAGCUUGAAGGGGUUCUGUGGCUCAUCUGGGAUGAUGGCAGUGUUAAAUCAGACACGGGCGGCCAGUUCACACCCACUGAAACACACAGGCAUGUGUGGGCUCUUGCCGAUGUUGAGAAAUGGAGAAGAGGCAUUUCCUUGCCGUAGCGUGCUGGGGUGACUGGAUGAGAGAGUCACCAGCGGACAGUCAUGGCCAUGAUUCAGCCAAAAGCCACCUGUGUGUGGAACCCCUGGUGGAGGAGGUCUGCUGAGGGGUGGGUGUGCUCACAGGCUCCUGGCAUGUCCUCUUGAAGGCAGAAGUCUUCCUUACUCGGGGUAAGCCCCGCUUGCGGGUGCAGUGAAGAAGCAGUCAUUGUUUCAGAAAGUGACCAGUUUUUUCUAAAGUCCCUGUUCGGGAUAAAAUCACCUGAUUCGUGAAAUUGCCCACUGGCCAGUGAGGCCAAAGCCUAACAACUUCAGUGUCCUCGCAGAGGCGUCUGGGCAGUGGAGGCCCUUCCUGCUGGAGUCUCCGCAGGGCUCUGAUGGUGUCCCUGGCCAGUGUCCUUCCACCUGUCCACAAGCAUGGGGAACAUCUUCGCCAACCUCUUCAAGGGCCUUUUUGGCAAAAAAGAAAUGCGCAUCCUCAUGGUGGGCCUGGAUGCUGCAGGGAAGACCACGAUCCUCUACAAGCUUAAGCUGGGUGAGAUCGUGACCACCAUUCCCACCAUAGGCUUCAACGUGGAAACCGUGGAGUACAAGAACAUCAGCUUCACUGUGUGGGACGUGGGUGGCCAGGACAAGAUCCGGCCCCUGUGGCGCCACUACUUCCAGAACACACAAGGCCUGAUCUUCGUGGUGGACAGCAAUGACAGAGAGCGUGUGAACGAGGCCCGUGAGGAGCUCAUGAGGAUGCUGGCCGAGGACGAGCUCCGGGAUGCUGUCCUCCUGGUGUUCGCCAACAAGCAGGACCUCCCCAACGCCAUGAAUGCGGCUGAGAUCACAGACAAGCUGGGGCUGCACUCCCUACGCCACAGAAACUGGUACAUUCAGGCCACCUGCGCCACCAGCGGUGACGGGCUCUAUGAAGGACUGGACUGGCUGUCCAAUCAGCUCCGGAACCAGAAGUGAACGUGACCCCCCUCCCUCUCACUCCUCUUGCCCUCUGCUUUACUCUCAUGUGGCAAACGUGCGGCUCGUGGUGUGAGUGCCAGAAGCUGCCUCCGUGGUUUGGUCACCGUGUGCAUCGCACCGUGCUGUAAAUGUGGCAGACGCAGCCUGCGGCCAGGCUUUUUAUUUAAUGUAAAUAGUUUUUGUUUCCAAUGAGGCAGUUUCUGGUACUCCUAUGCAAUAUUACUCAGCUUUUUUUAUUGUAAAAAGAAAAAUCAACUCACUGUUGAGUGCUGAGAGGGGAUGUAGGCCCAUGGGCACCUGGCCUCCAGGAGUCGCUGUGUUGGGAGAGCCGGCCACGCCCUUGGCUUUAGAGCUGUGUUGAAAUCCAUUUUGGUGGUUGGUUUUUAACCCAAACUCAGUGCAUUUUUUAAAAUAGUUAAGAAUCCAAGUCGAGAACACUUGAACACACAGAAGGGAGACCCUGCCUAGCAUAGAUUUGCAGUUACGGCCUGGAUGCCAGUCGCCAGCCCAGCUGUUCCCCUCGGGAACAUGAGGUGGUGGUGGCACAGCAGACCGCGAUCAAUUCUGCAUGGUCACAGUAGAGAUCCCCGCAACUCGCUCGUCCUUGGGUCACCCUGCAUUCCAUAGCCAUGUGCUUGUCCCUGUGCUCCCACGGAUCCCAGGGGCCAGGCUGGGAGCCCACAGCCACCCCACUCUCCCGCAGGCCGCCCUACCCACCUUCAGGCAGCCUAUGGGACGCAGGGCCCCAUCUGUCCCUCGGUCACCGUGUGGCCAGAGUGGGUCCGUCGUCCCCAACACUCGUGCUCGCUCAGACACUUUGGCAGGAUGUCUGGGGCCUCACCAGCAGGAGCGCGUGCAAGCCGGGCAGGCGGUCCACCUAGACCCACAGCCCCUCGGGAGCACCCCACCUCUGUGUGUGAUGUAGCUUUCUCUCCCUCAGCCUGCAAGGGUCCGAUUUGCCAUCGAAAAAGACAACCUCUACUUUUUUCUUUUGUAUUUUGAUAAACACUGAAGCUGGAGCUGUUAAAUUUAUCUUGGGGAAACCUCAGAACUGGUCUAUUUGGUGUCGUGGAACCUCUUACUGCUUUCAAUACACGAUUAGUAAUCAACUGUUUUGUAUACUUGUUUUCAGUUUUCAUUUCGACAAACAAGCACUGUAAUUAUAGCUAUUAGAAUAAAAUCUCUUAACUAUU